AUGAUACAACCUCUACCAAACUUUUCUAAGCUUUCUCCGAGUGUGAUUCGUAUAUUAGGCUUGAACCCUGGGAAAUUUACUUUACAAGGAACAAACACAUAUUUGAUUGGAACAGGAACUGAAAGAAUACUCUUGGAUACAGGCGAGGGUUUACCCGAAUAUCUUUCGUUACUAUCACAAACUCUAAAGGAACUAGGAGGAGCGGAAAACAUCCGAAUCUCCGAUAUCCUAAUUUCGCACUGGCACCAUGAUCACAUUGGGGGUGUUGAAGGAAUCAUAAAAUACACCGAAGAAACCCUGCGUCAUGCACCACCAAACGUGCACAAAAAUCCAGAUCCGAAACACGACUCCACUUACCAUUUUCCACUACACCCAAUAACCGAAAACCAAAUUUUCAAAACACAAGGGGCCACUUUACGCGCGAUACAUACCCCAGGUCACACUGAGGACCAUAUGGCUUUCUAUCUUGAAGAGGAGAAAGUGCUGUUCACCGCUGAUUGUGUGUUAGGAGAGGGUACUACCGUGUUUACGGAUCUCAAAGCUUACUUAGAAUCGUUGGAGAAGUUGAGACGUGUUAUUGGUGGUAGUGAUAAGUCGGAUAACGCAAGAAUUUAUCCGGGACAUGGGCCUGUUGUCGAGAACGGUGAUGAGAAGUUGGAAGAGUAUAUUUUGCAUAGAAAACAACGUGAGCAAGAGAUAUUAGAUAUUUUGGAGAAUAGUGAUGACAAUGGCAUAACUCCCCGAGAAAUCGUCAAAAUUUUGUACGCCAAUUAUCCUGAGGAAGUGUGGUUGGCUGCUGAACAGAAUGUAAUUUUGCAUUUGCUAAAAUUGGAAAGUGAUGGAAAGGAUUCAUUUUUCUAUAACAAAACAUACAGGUCACUAACCAUUCCAUUCCCGUCACCACGUCUAGCAACUAUAGCAGCACGUGUACUCAGCGUUGACAAAGAACUAAAAAGUAAUGAAGUGUUGCGAACAAUACAUGCUAAAGACGAGGAACUUUUAGUAGAAUUCAAAUGUUCGAGUGUACGAAUGCUUCGUGUAUCAGUAAAUUCGUUGAUGGAUAUGGUGAUAAUGGUGACACGCACCAUGGACGUGUUUGAUGGAUGGACACCUGGUGAAUUAGAUAAAUAG